AUGGCCGCCAGCGAGGAGCUGGAGAAAGAAACCUUGCAGAGUCCCAUCGCUGAGACGGGAAAUCGGCACGAUGAGGAAGAGAAGAGCCCGGUGAAUGAGCCGGGGCCUGCUGAGGCUGAGGUUGAGAAGGACAAUAACAAUGAUAGUGACAACGGCGGCGCCGUGCUGCAACCAAGCGGCACUCGCACGUCCACCGUCGAAUACUCGGUCUUCUCGAAGAAUCUGAAACGAUAUGUCGUCGUCACGGCGUCGUGGGCGGGCUUUUUCUCGCCGCUGUCGUCGCAGAUCUAUUUCCCCUCGUUGAAUACUCUGGCUGCGGACCUGAAUGUGUCGAUUUCGUUGAUCAACCUGACGCUGACAAGCUACAUGAUCUUCCAAGGAAUCGCGCCAGUUUUCAUCGGUGACUUCGCUGACAAGGCCGGGCGAAGGCCUGCCUACUUGAUCUGCUUUACUAUCUACAUUGGCGCCAAUAUCGGUCUAGCUCUGCAGAACAGUUACGCAGCCCUGUUUGUCCUGCGAUGCCUACAGAGUGCUGGCAGCAGCAGCACUAUUGCGCUGUCGUCAGGCGUCGUUGCGGACGUCUCCACGGUGGCCGAGCGAGGCUCAUAUAUGGGCUUCGUCACGGCCGGUUCACUGCUGGGUCCUUCUCUGGGUCCCGUCAUCGGCGGGCUGCUGGCCCAGUAUCUGGGAUGGAGAGCUAUCUUCUGGUUUCUGGUCAUUCUGGCGGCUGCGUGGCUCGUGCCGUUUGUUAUCUUCUUCCCGGAAACGGCCCGCAAGGUCGUUGGCAAUGGCUCGAUCCCGCCUCCGCCAUGGAACAUGUCCCUGAGCAGCUAUCUCAAAACUCGGAAAAUUUCUGAAGCCGAUCGAGCGGCAGUUGAGAGCACGAUUGACCCUAGGUCUCGCAAGCUCUCCUUCCCCAAUCCGCUGCCGACCCUCGCCAUUGUCCUCCAGAAAGACACGAGCCUUCUGUUGCUGUCGAACGCCAUCAUGUUCGCUGGAUUCUACGACGUCGCGGCUGCGAUCCCCUCGAUCUUCCGAGAGAGCUAUAACCUCAGUGACCUGCAGAUUGGUCUCUGCUACCUCCCCUUUGGCGUGGGCUCCUCGCUCGCAUCCAUCAUCAACGGGAAGUUCCUCGACUACAAUUACCGCCGCAUCGCGACGCAGCUGGGUCUUCCUGUCGUGCGGAAUCGGCAGACGGAUCUCAAGAACUUCCCUAUCGAAAAGGCCCGUCUGCAGAUUGCAUUCCCACUGAUUUUUCUCUCCAGCUGCUUGGUGAUUGCCUUUGGGUGGUGCCUGAACUACGUCGUGCACCUUGCCGCUCCCACUACCAUCCUCUUUUUCCUGGGACUGUGCCUGACGGGGUCAUUCAAUACCGUGAGCACGCUCCUCAUCGACCUCUAUCCGAAUGCUGCCGCCACGGCCACGGCGUCGAACAACAUCACCCGUUGCCUGUUGGGGGCUGGAGCAACGGCCGUCAUCGAGCCGAUGCUGACUAGUAUGGGCAGAGGGUGGUGCUUUACCUUCAUUGCCUUCGUCAUGAUGAGCACCACAUCUAUGUUGGUAGUCAUCAUCCGAUAUGGGCCAAAAUGGAGGGAAGAGCGACGUGUCAGACAUGAGGAGGGAGAUGUCGAGAGGGGUGGUCGACGUUGA